UGUCUGACAACCCUACAAAUAUGACAGCCAAUUAGGCUUUAUCGAUUACCUAGGCACUAUACUACUGUACCCAGAUUUUCACAAGAGUAGCAAAAGUACAUACCUACUUCUCAUAUCUGAUGAAAAUUAGCAAUCUAGUUCGAGUGAUGUGAACAAUUGAGAAAAUUUUGAACAAAGUGAAGAGUGGGAGUGAUCAAGUGUCCAUUGUAGAUGACCGCGCAUUCUCGACCCGGUUGCGAUGCAAUCAUAAUAAUGUGUUUCGGGUAGCAAGUACCGGUCGCGAUAAUGUCUGGCGCCGAGGACACGGACGAGUUCAUCUUUCGUCCGCAGCAGCAUUUCGACGCUAAAUGGCUGAAUCCGGACCUACAAGGAGCGGUACAAUGUCCGCAGAUACUGGUCAAUCAUUACAACACCAUUAUACAGGAUAGUGAAGUGAUUCUAGAUGCCAGCGCGGGGUUGCUCAACAAAGCUGGUAUUACUGCCAAGCUCGGGGAUAAUGGCAAAUACUAUUGUGGUCUAAGGAUAUUAACAUGCACCUGUUGCGAUGGACUAUGCGGACCCCACUCAGGCUGCGCCUGCGGCCCCUGCUCGACACUCUCUGCAGAAGAAGAACUCCGCAUUGCCAUGCUUACCAAGCUACCCAUCCCGCAGCCCUCCUCCACGGUCAUAGAUGAACUCAAGUGGAAAUUAGAUCCAGGUCCAGAAUGCCUCAAAAGUCUAUUAGAAGCUUUAAUAUGGGAGCAGCGGACACGGGCAAUGCACUCAGCAGUCACUGUCCCCUACGUCUCGCAAAUACGACGGCUGAUCGUACUCUGCAAGAGACACCUGGUGGCCGUUAUUAGAGAGUACUAUUUCAGUGGAAGAACGAACGGUAUCAAGUUAGACAAAAAGACUGCCGCUGCCGACGACAGGGCAGUUGGCCUGGUGAAUAAAACUUAUGACAUUGAUACCCAUGAUGAUCGGGAAGAACAAGACGCCGAUUCUGAGAGCGCGCUAGGUCUUGCCCGCGUCGGCGCGCGCGCCGCGCUCCGUCUAGCUCUCUCCCUAGUGCGCCGCGCGUGGCGUUGCGGCGAGGACGCCGAUGUCUGCUCGGCAUUGCUACGCGACGCGCUGGAAGCCGUACGGGCGUUGCCCGAUGCGGCGUUGUUCGCGGGCGCGGGCGCGGACCCGGCGCAGCAGGUGCCGCGCUCGCAGAAAAUAUGGGCUGAGGUCGUGGGCAGCGCCGCUGAGUUCUUACAUCAGGUGGUUACCAACGAGGUGGGCUGCAACGCGCCGCUCGGCGACUGGCGAACGUCUCUCUGCGUGUGGGUGGAGCUUUGCGCGCGGCGCGCGGAACUGCCAGCGUUGCUGAAGGCUGCAGAUGUGUUGGUCACACUGCCGCCGCAGCAGAAGCGACAGCCGGACAACAGCACCACACCAGAAGAAUGCACGGCUCCUCUCGGGCCGUUCUUAAGGCGCAUGGCGAAAGUGGUAGCGCCGAACCCUAUGGUCAUAACCGAGCCGAACACAGAAGUCAACCCUACUGUAACAUACCUGAGGGACCUCAACAUACCCAACGGAGAUGGUCUUAUGGGAGUCCGGAAGGCUGGUAUAGCUCUCAUGUGCCACUUGAACAGGCUCGGUGAACCUCUAUUACCACCUAUCAAAGGAUUUGUUACCUGCACAGAAUCAGCACAAGAAUUAUACUCGGUCGGCUACGGCCCCCUCUGCUUCAGCGGUCUGCGAUUCAGACAGAUCGCUUGCGCGGAGAAGCUAGCACUGAUGCUGACUUGCGACGGCGAUGUCUACACUAUGUAUUACGAUACUAUGGCACCGCAUCUAGUACAAGGCUUCGAAAACAAAAUCAUCGUCCAAGUGGCCUGCCAUCCCGCCGGCCGUCACUACCUGUGCGUAUCGUCCGACGGCGGCGUGUGGUCGUGGGGCACCGGCGAGGACGGGCGGCUCGGGCACGGCGACACGGCGCCCAGAGAGGUGCCCGCGCAGAUCACGCACCUCGCGCACCACGAGGUCGUGCGCGCUGUAGCGGGGCCUACUAGCAGUGCUGUGAUAACGUCCCGUGGCGCCCUCUACACCUGGGGCCGCGCGAACCACGGGCGCCUGUGCCACGGCACUCUGGAAGCUUACCUCACGCCAAUGGCCGUCACCUUCCACGUGCAUAGCAUGGAGCGCAUCGUUGACGUCGCUUUCGGCUGGGGCGAAAGCUAUACCCUAUGUUGUACCGUAGAAGGCACAGUGUACACUUUCGGCGAAACGGACGGCGGGCAGCCGCGAGCGGUCACCGCGCUCGCCACCAUCAAGAUUGUGCGCGUCUACACUGGAGAGAACUACUGCGCUGUGCUCACUGAACAAGGCGUCCUGUACACGUGGGGCAAAGGCGAAGGCUACCGUCUCGGUCACGCCACUCCUGAGAAUGUAAACUUCCCGAAACCGAUCGAAGCGCUUAAAGGUAAAAGGGUGAUCGACGUUUCGCUAGGCGCCUCCUGCGGCGUGGCUUUGCUAGCCGAUGGGCAGCUUUAUUCGUGGGGCACGCACGAGAGAGCUCAUCUGUUCUCGUCUACACCUGUCAAAGUUAGCGUUCUGUCGUCGCCUUUUAGAGCGAAUGGCGUCACGGUGGGGCUUAUCAAGAUGUUCGUAUGGAGCGAAGAGACGGCUCGCGACCUGCCUGCUUCUCUGCCUUUCGUAAUCGACCUCUCCGACAGUACGUUCGAAUUACUAGAGAAACUGCUCAGGCUAGUAGUGGAGCAUAGCAAUGGGCCGGUGAGCGAAGAGACAAUGCAUGAAGACGAAUGUCUCGCCGUUUCGUGUCUCAACCUGUUGAGGCUUCAGGUCCAAGCAUGGCAAUGUACCCGCGGUCCAAUCUGCGAGGAAGCCAACGAAGUCCGUCCCUGGUGUGCCGGGUUACACAGCGCACUGGUGGCUCUAGUCGAGGGCCGAGUAGGGCCCGCAGCGGCCGCGGCGGCUCGACGCGCGCUGGCCGCCGCAUGGCCGCUGCUGCUGCCGACGCCGCAGGUGCGCGCACAGCACCUCAUAGAGCUGUUACCGCAAGGCACGAGUUCGAUCAGCGCCGGCGCGCAUUUUAUGACUGAGCUGCUAGUCUGGUCUCUGCUCGGCGGCGGCGGGCUGAGCGACGCUCUACAGAGCGUUUUGCAAGAGCACACUGUUGAUGAAUAUGCGCAUCUCACAUUAUAUGAAGGUUUCGAUCAAAUCGACAUAACAACUGGACAUCGAGGCAAUGGGGUCUCGCCUUGCUGUACCGAAAGUGAAUGUUGCGUAGUAUCCGACCAGUUUCAACCCAGUAAGAAAUCUGCUUCCGAAAAGGCUGCGGCAGUCCCAUUAAUGCAUUUAGUAAAACAUCUAGUCAACAACACGAGCGCUCAGACGCAGAUAUAUUUCAAGGCCGUUCUCAGCGGGGACCCUGUCGACUCGAACCGGCAGGACACUGUCAGCCCUAGCUGCGAGUUGCUUAUUAGGUUCCAAAGACUUCUUUUCUGCGAAGCAAUGUGGCUUCGAGGCGGGCGAAGCAAUCGCGGCGGCGUCCGCGCAAUCGUCACCGAAUACAUAGAAAUGCUAGCCGAUCAAGUGCAAGUGACGCUUGGCGAAUUCACUAGAGCUGUAUACAAGGCUGAUAGUGCACAGUUAGAACAACUUACGGAGAUUCUGGCCUCAGACAUCGUUGGGCGAGUUGUAAGCGAGCUGGCAAUAUGGGUAGCGACAUGCGUCGGUCGCUCGCCAAAUAUCCUCGCGUAUGCCGCCGACGCGCUGAUACGAAUAGCGCGCGCGUGUGACGACGCGGCUCAGAUACUGCCUUCUGCAGCUAGUUUGGAGAUGGACCAGCUCGGCUGGCCGGGGCUGGUUACCAAGCUGAAUCAGCAGCACAACAAUGUUAUACGGAAAUGUGAUCUCCUAAACCACACUAAAGAAGGCGGCUCUUGGAUAAUAGUCCGAGGUCACGUGUACGACGUAGAAACCUUCGAAUGCGACAACCCUAGCACGAACGAGUUAGUGCGCAAACUCCGCGGCUGUGAUGCUACGGCGGCGUUGAGUGUUGAGCCGCAUGCGCUGUAUCUGUCGCUAAUCACGGAGAAAUGUGUGGGGAUGGAUGCCGAUCAAAUACACACGCACAAGUUAGAGGAAAGCACUUCAUCUCUCCGAGUUCACCAUAUUAUGACGUCAGCAGCAUUCCAUAUAGUGCUCAGCGUGUCGCAAUGUGGGGUUCAACUAGCGCGCUCGCUGCCACAACAGCGUGCUGAGCGCGAGGCGGUGAGCUACGCCGCGCAAGUUAUACUGCGAGGCGGGCUUCAGGAAGCUAACCCACCCAACCCAUUCGAAGAAGAAAAGGCCGAAGCUCGUAGCGGAUCAUCAACCGGCGGUAACAGCCCAGCGGGAGACACCCCUCCCCCCGCGUAUACCCCGCGUGCGCCACGCUCCGGGCCCGGCGCGGGGACUAAAGCUGACGCGUUACUACUUUCUCUAGGGGAGCCUAAACUACAUGACCCCCUAGCCUUACACCUAUGGUGGGCCUGCGAGCGACGUGAAGGCGCCACCCCCCACUUCCCACCAGACCACCCGCUAGAGGAGUUCCGACGGACGCUACUCGCCGCACUUCUUUACCACGCAGGGCUUAGUGAACACGCCCUCGCUAUAGCUAGCGCAGAAAUGGACAAAGGCGAAGUGAAACUGUCUCCGGCGAUGUCGGAAAUAGUGAAGAUUGUACAGCAGAGCAAGUGGACGCUCAUGAGGACCAAACAACAGCAAUCUCGUGGGUACAAAGAGGUGUGCGCUGUACCCCUAGAGCGCGCUCGGUUCCUCCUCCACGAAGUCCGAGCAGCGAUAUCGCCCGCCGUGUCCGCGCUACAAAAACGACCGCCAUCCCGCAGAGAGCCUACAGCCAAGAGAAUAUUCCAGAAAGUCAUGAGGCUCGUCAAAUCCGGCUGCUUCAAUAAAUGUUUCGAAACAACGAAAGACCUGCGCAACAGACAGAACAGCCUCAGCAAGAGCAUGCUUAAAGCCACCGGCAGCCUACUACAAGGCGACGCCUUACUAAUAAAAUCCUCCAUAGCUGCCAACGCCUCCAGCAAAACCCCAGACGAUCUCACUCCCAGCAUACUAGAGAAUUCCAAGUCUUCAGAAAAAGUCGAAAGCGCCAGCGACCCCAGUUCCAAAGAACUGGCCAAUCAGCAAACCAAAACCAAAACGAAAAAAGUUUCAGACAAAGACGUGAAAAACGCCUCUAAUUUCGACGGCCAACGCACGCAAAGCGAUUGCAAGCUAUCAGAACGAGAGGAUGACGAUAAAACACCUACAAACGAGAUAUCGAUUAGCUCCAUCAACGACACGGACAACUCGAUACUGAAGGAAUCGAUGGAGAGUGGGAAACAAGUACUGUUGCUGGCUGACGAUUUGAAGAACGAUUUGAUUAUGGCUGAUGAGGAGAAGGACGAUGAUACGUCGGAGAGAAAUAAGUUUGUCAAUGCUUGGGUUGCGAAGUUGGCUUGCGAAGAAAAAGACUUAUCCUGGAUGCUCGAGGAAGUGUCAGCGGAACAACAGAGUAUAACCUCUGCUAUCGUCGACUUCGUCCUCUCAGAGUCCCCCUGUGAUAUCGAUAAUCUAAAGAGAGCGCUGUAUUGUCAGAUAAAGCGAGCCGAAAUAAGACUAAGCGGCUACGCGAUGAUCAACAAGCUCAUAUGCGCCGCACAAACCAUGUCCGAGACAGUCAAAUACGCAAGUGUGACUGGCCUCAUAGGCGGCUCAGUAUCCGAAACGCCACCGCAUUCGCCCCUCAGACCGCACCAUCCCCUGAAACCCCCUUUAGAGGGCAUCGAAUCUGUGAUACCUUACACUAAGUACAUGGUGCUGUUUGAGAAAUCGAAGCUGCUUGAUUAUAUUUUGAUCGAGUUGAAGGCGAAGGUGUUGGACGGUGAGCAGAAUCAGCCGCUGCCGUUGAAAAUGAGCGCUAAUUAUGGAGCGCAUGCGUUACUGAACAGGCCGGCUAGAGCGAGAUUCCUUCUGGCCUUCCUAACAUUCCUCGUGGAGGGUUGCCAGGGCCCCGAAAUGGAGCAACUAGUCAAUGGGGGCGCACUUAGCUCCUGCCUCACGCUCCUAAAGCAGAUUGGCGGGGACCCGCUUCAAGCGUCGUGCUUCGUUGUUAACACUUUUAAGAGCAAAGCUACAGAACGGCUACUAAUAUUCGAAGACGAGCGUUUAGGCGCCCGCGCUCGCGGCGCCUCUCUAACAGGGCCUGAGCUGGCGUCUCUCAUGAAGAUCGGAACCAGAGUCGUCCGCGGCAAGGACUGGAAGUGGGGCGACCAGGACGGAGUGCCCGGUUCUGAAGGUCGCGUAAUAGGUGACCUCGGCGAAGACGGUUGGGUGCGCGUAGCAUGGGACGCAGGCGGCACCAACUCCUACCGCAUGGGAAAAGAGGGGAAAUACGAUCUCAAACUGGCGCGGACGCCCUCCCCUCCGCCCUCCGAUGAUGAGACUGUCAAUGAGGAUUCGGAUUACAUACUAGACUGGUGGCCCGUGGGCGAAGUUCGAACAGCUUGCGCCGGCGCUGUUCGCCUCUUCUGCGCCGCAGCGGGCGAACAGCUGAGCGCUCACAGCGCCGUCGCUAGGCGGAACGUGGUCGCUCUGCAUCGCAGACUGUUAGCGCUCGCUCAUGCUCAUCACACGCCGUCGCCAACCGCGUUCGGGGGGCAGAAUCAUACUGCGUUAGCUUUACUGAGAGCGAGCGCGCACAAUCCGGAGAUGAGAGUAUUAUUCUGUACGGAUUCCUGGUUCGAACUCUGCUACAGCAUCAUUUCCGGAACUGAGAAACCCAUCAACCAGGAUCUCAUUUACUCUCAGAUUCAAUGCAUUUGGCUGCUCCGUCGAGUGUUAGCCGAACACACGGGGCCUGAAGAGUGGAGACACACGGUGAGCGCGCAGCUGAUCGCGCUCACUGGCCGCCUGUGGCUCGAGACGCACCCGGCCGACCCGGCGCUGCGGCAGACGUUAGCCGCGAGCUACCCGUGCGAUGAGGAAGAGAUAGACAUCCGCUGGCGUGCCCCCGCGACAGCCAGCCACACGGGCGCGACCUGCGCCUCCCUAGUCCAACUGAUCCGCCAACUGCACGCCACGCCGCAAUGGCACGGGCCAAUCACCGCGCUCCUGCUUGACAAACUACAACUCGCCGGCCAGAUGGUGACAAGUGACUGGCACUGGUGGCCUCAUACUAACCAAGAACUGAAACGCACAACGAAACCUAUACCCCCGAGUCUUGAAACAUGUCUUAUAGCUGGCGUGUUAGGAGUAGCGGGAGGCGUCGAAUGGCGCAUCAGAUUAGGACAGCGCGUGGCGGCGGGCGCUCCGUCCCGUAACGCCAUCGUCAUGCAAAUAUCGCCAAGAGCUAAAGUCACUUUAGUUUCUGAAGAUAACACCUUCACUAGAAUGGAGCUAAGCGGCAUCCAAAGCAUAGAGAGCGAGCGGCUAAUAACGCCUCUGGGCGGUGGAGAAAGCGGUCUACGUGUAUGCGCCGCUUUACUCGGCGCUGGACCGCAGGCCACGCCUAUGCACCCACAUCAUUUACCUGCUGAGCUUGACGUCUACGGCCUAAGAAAGCAGCAAAUAGAGCUGCUAACACUAUGUGCGGUCCGCGGGCUUCUCACUACCCGCACGCGGCUGCGGAAGGUGCUCUUACAACCGCCGGACACCGCAGGUUCAUCAGACACCGUCACCGGCACCGAGGGCACGUUAUUCCGGCGCCUUCUCGCCUUGGCGAUGCGACCGAGCCCCUUGGCCGCGUCGUACACACCGCGCGAGCUCGCCUCCGCCGCGCUCACUAUAGUGCAGCAGCUAGCCGCUCACGUGCACGUCAACGGAGACGAGAAAGAUCACGAAGCACCACCUGAGCUCCCCGUCAUCGACCGCAGCACCCUCAUGCAAAUAUCCAACGGCCCCUCUACCAGUACUAGUGACGCGACUCCAUUUGCUCGCAAAGACCUGAACACCAUGUGGAGCAACUCGCCGCAAGUGAAACAAGUCGUUGAGAUGGGGUUUUCGAGAAAUGCUGUUUACUCGGCCAUACAAGUUCUAGGAGGCAACACCGUGCCAUCAGUCGAAACUCUAGUCGCGUACCUCCUAGAACUGUCCCAGCACGGUAUCGAAGAGUCAGUAUUCGAACCCAAACCGAAUUCCUCCAAAGCGGAGAAGAAACCGACUCCUUACCGGUGGCGCAGUUGUUUCGCCUCAGAAGAUGAAUACGCGCAGUAUCUGUCUGACGUCAUCACCGCGGGCAUGACUGUGCGGUGUUGCAAGGCGUUUGAAGCGGUACAACUGGGGGACGUCGGACAAGUCCAAAAGGUUGAACGCGAUAUAAAGCAAAACGUUUUCUUGCACGUGGAAUGGCGAGGCCUAGGCCGCGUCGCCGGCGUACGCGCAGUGAACGCCGAAGUGGUCUCUGGUGGCGCGCCCUUUACGUCCGGCGACCGCGUGCGGGUCCGCUCGGCGGUCACGCAGCCGCGCUACAAGUGGGGCUGCGUGGACCACACCAGCGUCGGCACUGUCAUUGGUAUCGCCCACAACGGCAGAGACUUGACGGUGGAUUUUCCGCAACAGCCCGGUUGGACGGGGCAGGUCAGCGAGAUGGAGCUCGUCACUGAUCAAUCGGAAUGGGGCGAGACCGCCGGCGGUACCACGGUCAAUUGGCGUGGCGCCAUUCGAGUAUUACGUGUCUCUUCUUGUCGGCCGGGAGCCGGCGCUCGUAGGUUACUGGACGCUCAACCCCAUACUUAUUGGCAGAGCGCUAGUGGGACGGGACAGCAUUGGAUCCGGAUAGAAAUGCGCAACGGCGUCGUCGUACGCCGACUUGGCCUCGGCGUUCCCGUGGGCAGCCAUGGUCCCGCCGCGCUCGCUGUCAGAGCUGGCAGCAGUUUCGAGGACGCCGCUCUUACACCAUUGGCUGCCGUGCCUUGUGCCCCGGCGUCCAGGGACAGGCCACUGCAGCAUUUGGCGCAGAUACAGUUGCUUGUCGACUGCAAACAGCAUUACACGUGUAUCGAGAUCAGCAUCAAACAAAACCGCAACGUGAACGCGGACUGCCGCGUCCACGGCCUCUACAUUACCGGCUUCAGGACCAACCCGCUUUACACCGACAUUGUACAGAGCAUGAAUUUCAUAGCGGACGAUUGGAUGGAGAAAGACAAUCCCACUGGAGCUGUGUCCGUCGACAACAAUCCUCCUAUAAUGCCCGCUGAUUGCCCAAAGGUUUACGUGUGGGGCCUAAACGACAAAGACCAACUGGGCGGUGUGAAAGGCUCCAAAGUGAAGGUGCCUGUGUUCUCUCCUGGUCUCAGCGCUCUUAAACCUGUACACAUAGCCGGCGGUUCGAAGACGCUUUUCAUCGUGUCGCAUGAUGGGAAACUUUACGCCUGCGGAGAGGGCACCAAUGGUCGCCUCGGCCUAGGUCACAGCAACAACGUAUCAACACCGCGCGCCAACCCACAUCUCUCGCAUGUAUUAGUGCGUCGCGUCGCUGUACAUUCGGGCGGGAAACACGCCCUCGCUCUAACAGCGGAUGGGAAGGUGUAUUCCUGGGGCGAAGGCGAAGACGGCAAGCUCGGUCACGGCAACAAGCAGACCCUCGAAUCUCCCAAACUGAUAGAAUCUCUAGCUGGCGAACGCGUCAUAUCCAUAGCGUGUGGGUCCGCUCACAGCGCCUGUGUGACCGCGCGAGGCCAUUUAUAUACGUGGGGUAUGGGAGAAUAUGGCCGUCUGGGGCAUGGUGAUGAUGCUACACAACUGUCGCCCAAGUUGGUGGAAGCUCUCCAGAACGUGCGCGUGGUACAAGUGGCCUGCGGGUCCCGCGACGCGCAAACCCUCGCCCUGACCGCCUGCGGCAAAGUCUUCUCAUGGGGGGACGGUGAUUUCGGUAAAUUAGGCCGCGGUGGCUCGGACGGUUGCGCGUUGCCGAUGAACAUUGAGCGGCUGAACACGCUCGGAGUGGUGCAAGUGGAGUGCGGCGCUCAGUUCAGUCUCGCUCUCACUAGAGAUGGAGAGGUGUGGACGUGGGGUAAAGGCGACUACUUCCGACUCGGUCACGGCUGUGACGUCCACGUGCGAAGGCCAACCAUUGUAGAGGCGCUGCGCGGGCAAAGGGUUGUUCACGUGGCGGUUGGCGCUUUACACUGCCUCGCCGUCACUGCCGACAAUCAGGUGUGGGCCUGGGGCGACAACGACCACGGCCAACAAGGCAACGGCACGACCUGCGUGAACCGUCGACCAGCGCUAGUUGCCGGUGUGGAGGGCGUGCAGCGUGCGGCCGCAGGCUCUAGCCACUCGGCCGCGUGGUCGCUGCGGCCGCCCGUCACGGACCAGCGCGCGCCUGUGCAGGAGCCGCUCGUAUUCCCCGUGCUGCGCGACCCACUGGGCGCCACCGCACUAGGUCUAUACUCCGAGGAGACCAUGGUAGAAGAACGACAAGAGCCAAUACCAUCGCUAGCAGCAGCAGCUUUGGCGCUCGAACCGCCAGUGGCUGUACAGCACGCGCUCUCACUUAUUUUACUAGGACUACAUAUUACUCAGGCCCGAAGCUUGCUAGUCGAAGCUCUCCGCGCCCACGAAGCCUGCGCCACCGGAGCGCCCGUGGUCGCCGGCGUGGACAUCGAGGACGAGGACAACGACACGGACGCUCGCACGGGAGGCGGCGAGGCGCCCGCCGACCGCACCACACUACAGAGCGGGGCAAGCAGUCCGUUGAGCGGGUCCAUAUCAUCUCGACACUCUGCCGUGAUGUCUUCGAGCGCAGUCUCUGUUGCUGCCGCUACUAUGACUGUGCAACAGGCGGAGGCGCCCAAGAUGGCACUAGACGACUUCACGUCGCAACUGGGCGAAACUGACGCGCGGGCUCUGGUUGAUCUGCUCAAGCUCGCGUCUGCCGGACGAAUACCGGACGCGAAUAACGCUGUCAAAACCAUUACCGAUGUGCUUAUGGCACUCUGCGCCCACAAGCCAGCCGUGGCCGAUAUGGUGAUCGAAGUAUGCGUAUGCGAGUUAGAGGAGGCUUGCGCGGGCCCGCAGAAACAGCUGCCGCGCGCAGUCACCGUGGAGAGCCCCCACCCCUACCCCGACGACACGGACAUAUCAGGCGUGGUGAAGAUACCAGGAGCUAUAUCCCUCCGCGUGAUGUUCGGGCAAGGCUGCUCGACGGAGAGGCGGAACGACCCACUAACAAUAUCCGAUGCGUCCGGGCGAGUCAUAGCUACGCGAUCCGGGCGGGACCCGUCUGACUGGGAGGACGAGGUCGUAGUACCGGGUGACGAAUUGAGAUGGCGUUUCAAAAGCGACGGUUCCGUAAACGGAUGGGGUUGGAGGUUCACCGCCUGCCCCACUAUUCCGAAGAUAGCUCUAUAUGAGACCGGUUCAGACCGAUUCGUACUAUCCCGUCCGUCGGUCGAACUAGCGUGGCGGCUACUCGACGGGCCGCUGCUCGCGACAAUCUCCAACGACCACCUGAUGGCACCGCGGUUGGCUGAAGCGCUAGCCACUUGUGCUCAGAUGCCCACUCUAUCGUGGCGCGCCCGAGUGUGGUGCGUGCGCCGGCUGCGCGGCGUGAUCUGCGCCAACAACGAGCCGGUGGGCGCUAUGCCGUCGGCCCUCAAGGACCUGCCGAGUCUGCUCUUCGAGCAAUACGACUUCGAAGAGACUGCUGUGCAUUUGGGUGCACAUUUAUUGCACACACAAUACUUGAAGGAACUCGCUCUGUUAGCCUGCGGCCUCCGCCUAGACUCGCGCGUCUGCCACGGCUCGGAUGCAGCGCGCUGGGCCUGGUUCAAGCGAUACUGCCUCUGCAUACGCACUGCCGACGCCCUUAUCAAACGGACACCUCUACCUAUGCCCUUCCUGGCUGAAGUGCGGAAGCGAUUGGCUGAUCUUGGAGUUUACAAUCCGGAAGAAGGAAGCUUAGACCACUACUACCCGUGGGAAGAUGAUGUCAAGUUAAACAGGAUAAGAGAUGAUCAGCUUACUACUUGGUCACCGAGAAAAGGCACUGAGUCCGGAGAGCCAAGCCCCCGGCCCAACCACAACACGAAACCCGAGCCGAGUACAUCCACCCCGUUGUACUACCCUUGGGAGGACAACAUCAAGUUCACGCGGCAGCACGACGAACAACUGCUGCAUUGGGUUAACAAGCGACCCGAAGAUUGGACCGGCUGGUGGGUGGGCAACCCCCGCGGCUGCGUAGUCUACGGCUGGGGCCACAACCACCGCGGGCAACUUGGCGGCGUCGACGGCGCUAAAGUGCGGGGGCCGAGUGCAUGCCACGCUCUCGCUCAGCUGAACCCCGUGCAGUUAGUGGGAGGAGAGCAGACGCUGUUCGCCGUCACACCUGAUGGGAAGGUUUACGCAACCGGUUACGGCGCGGGUGGCCGUUUAGGCAUCGGUGGAAUAGACUCCGUGUCGACGCCGACGCUGCUGGCGUCCAUUCAGCACGUAUUCAUAACGAAGGUGGCCUGCAACUCGGGCGGCAAGCAUUGCCUGGCGCUCUCCUCCGAAGGUGACGUGUACAGCUGGGGCGAAGGCGACGACGGCAAACUCGGACAUGGGAAUAGAGUGAGCUACGAUCGCCCCCGCCUAAUCCCAUCUCUCUCCGGCAUGGAAGUAGUUCAGAUAGCGUGCGGCGGCGCUCAUUCAGCUUGCCUGACAGCGCGAGGACGCAUAUACACGUGGGGCAAAGGUCGCUAUGGACGCCUCGGACACGGUGACUCGGAGGACCAACUUGUUCCGAAGAUGGUGGAGUAUUUGGCCUCAUAUCGUGUGAUAGACGUCGCGUGUGGUUCCGGCGACGCGCAGACGCUCUGCAUCACAGACGAUGACAACGUGUGGUCGUGGGGCGAUGGCGACUACGGAAAAUUAGGGAGAGGUGGCUCCGAGGGUUGCAAGCAGCCAAUGAAGAUCGAAUGCCUAAAAGGCCUGAGGGUCAUCAAGGUUGAGUGUGGCUCGCAAUUCUCCGUUGCUCUCUGCCAAUGCGGAAGCGUUUACACAUGGGGUAAGGGCGACUACCACAGGCUCGGGCAUGGCAGCUACGAGCAUGUGCGAAGACCUAUGCGCGUCACUGGCAUGCAGGGCAAGAUGAUUGUGUCCAUAGCUACAGGGAGUCUCCACUGCGUCGCUUGCACGGACACUGGUGAAGUGUACACGUGGGGUGACAACGACGAAGGACAAUUGGGAGACGGGACCACAUUAGCUGCGCAACGGCCAAGACUCCUCACUGCUUUGCAGGGUAAACGCGUGACGAAGGUGGCAUGCGGCAGUGCGCACACUGUAGCUCUGUGUGUUGAAGCACCCCGCGCUCCGAGGCCGCCGCCGCCGCCUCCUCUCGAGUGCCACCUACUGAGGGACCUGUCUCCUCAACUGAUAUGCAAUCGAUUGGUACUCUUACAUCAGUUUUCGGAACUCGUGUGCCCGAACCUGACGUUGCUAAUCCUUGAGGGCAACCUAGACCAGCUGAGGAACUUGAUGUUCUACUCUGUCAAAGAAGCAGCAUUUAGAAAGGCGGUGAUGGCAACGAUGGUCCGCGAGCGUCAGCACGGCCCCGUCGUGGAACUAUCCCGCGUCGGCGCUCGGCGCUCGCGGCGCGGCGGCGGUCUGGCAGGUCCCGCUGGUAUGCGGUCUGUCUUCGGACAGAUGGUGGCUAGACUACCUGCUCUCACGCAAGAAGCUUUGGCUUUACCACACCGAGUGUGGAAGGUCAAGUUUGUAGGCGAAAGCGUUGAUGAUUGCGGGGGUGGCUACAGCGAGAGUAUCGCCGAGAUGUGCGAAGAACUCCAAAACGGGUCCCUCCCAUUGUUGAUGGCUACGCCGAACGGGCGCGGUGACGCGGGCGCCUCACGGGACGCCUUCUUACUCAACCCUACUGCCAACACACCGCUGCACCUCAACUGCUUCCGAUUCUUGGGUGUUUUAAUGGGCAUCGCAAUCCGCACCGGGUCCCCGCUAUCGCUCUCGCUGGCCGAAGGUGUGUGGCGUCAGCUGACCGGGCAGCCACUGCGCCCUCGCGAUCUAGCUGAAGUAGACCGCGACUUCCUGCCCGCACUGCUGUGUAUACGAGACAUGUCACCCGCCAACAAGGAGCUACAAAACCUGGAGUUGCCCUUCUCAAUACCAUCAGCGGCGGGGCACGAAGUACCUCUAUCCACGAGGCACAAGCGUGUCACGCCCGAGAACAAGGACGAAUACGUGCAACUCGCUCUCCACUACAGGUUGCACGAGUUCGAAGAGCAAGUAAGGGCAGUGCGAGACGGCAUGUCUCGUGUCGUUCCGGCGCCAUUAUUGUCGCUAUUCACCGCGGCGGAGCUGGAGGCGCUCGUGUGCGGCUCCCCCGACAUUCCUGUACACGCACUGCGGGCCUCCGCCACAUAUAAAGGCAUCGAGCCCAACUCCCCAUUGGUCCACUGGUUCUGGGAGGUGAUGGAAGAACUAUCGGGCUCGGAACGCGCGCUGUUCCUGCGCUUUGUAUGGGGCCGAACGCGCCUGCCGCGCGCGCCGCAAGAUCCGCGGCAGCGCGACUUCGUACUACAGGUGCUGGACAAGUACCAGCCACCGGACCACUUCCUGCCGGAGAGCUACACGUGUUUCUUCCUCCUCAAGAUGCCGAGGUAUUCCUGCAAGGCGGUGCUGCGGGAGAAACUCAGAUACGCGAUCCACUUCUGCAAGAGCAUAGACACAGACGAGUACGCCCGCGUGGCGCUCAGCGCGGCCGAGCGAGUCUCCUCCGAAGAAUCGGACUCAGACGGCGAGACCUCGCCCCCGGUCGCCGCUCCCCCAGCACUCUACUCCCUAGCCCGACCACCUAGGAACUAGGCACUAUGACAAUAACGCUAUGUGUUCUGAAGGGUAUCCUAUUGGCAUAUCGGAAUAGGUAUUACACAUGUAAUUAUAAACCUUAAGGCUGCCUUAUUUUAGGUUUGACUCUGGUCUCGGCCCUGUGUGGUCCGAUUGUGCUACGCCGCUGACUGAUAGAUGCCGCUAGCGUCUGUUUAGUCGCUCGCGUGACGUGUGUGUGCGUAUGGGAGGAAUGAAAAGUUCCUGUGACUAUAACUAUAAACGAUGUUUGAUAUGUUAUAUGACUGAACAAAGGCUUCCAAGGGCAAAUAAGUUGGAGUAAAAUUGUAAAUUGUUCAGUGUAGAGGAUGCUUCAAGAACGUGGCGUAUGAGUGACCUUCCGAAAUCCAAAUAAUUAAAGAACAGAGUUUUUAACCCAUAACGCCAAAUAAGUAAACGUCCUAAGGGACAUGAGAUGCGACCUUCGGGAUCGUACCAUCCAACAGAUCUCAUUGGUAGUCGGUGUAGUAAAUCUGCCGAUGUGAAGGAGUUAUUUUAGCUGGGGCGGUUUGAAGUGCUGCUCGGUUUUACUUGAAUUAUUAGGAUGUUGGUGACUUGCAUUUCUGGCAGCCUAAAGAAACUUGCGGUGCGGAUAACUUAACAAUUAUUUUCAUAACCUGUAAGGCGACCCACAAUUUUAUAACACACUGAUUCAGUGUAUAAUUUAAUAUUUGUUAAAUCUAUAACGUUACCUUUUACAAACAUACAUGAGGUAAUAAUUUAAAAUAAAACCCGAAAACUAAAAGAGAAAAAAUGAUCUUCCAAGAAUUAAGUACAAGAUCUAUUCUGAUGGACCCAACAGAAAACGUUUAUGAGAUACUAAGAAGAUCCUACUGAAAUAUUAGCAAAAGUUUUGAUUUAUCAAUUCAAUACUAAUUAUAGACGACUAUUAUAGUCAUACUCCAAAAUGUGUCGUUACUUGGUAAUUGUAUUUUUUUUAAUUGGAUUGGCACUUAUAAUUAUACUAAUAAUACCUUCGAAUUUCAUAAAGGUAUUUAAGCAUUACUGAGAAACUAUAGGUAUAAGGAUAACUAAGACGUGUGUCAUAGACUCAUAUACUUUUACACUAUAAAUCAAGAGCAGAAUAAGUUUCGUCGUGCUCGGAUAAAAAAAAUAUAUAAAUGGGCUUACUUUUGGCCACAGACCAGCCGAAGGCAAAGACGGUUAUUGACAUAACAUCACCAACAGUUCGUUUUAUUAUAUAAUUCUAUCUAAAUUAUUAUUCUGUAUUGAUUAUUUAUAACUGGAUACUUAUUCCAAGCCUUUUUUGUUUUAAUCAUGUCUUAACACAGACCACCUAAACGGCUUUUCAGUAUAUUAUAAUAGUUGCGCGUAGGUAAGUGCUUCACCGCAGCUUUUCCGAUUUUGCAUUCCAUCCAGAAGUAUUUCUAAAGUGGUAGCCAUUAACGAUAUAUGCGUAAUUAUGCGGUUAAUUAUAUAAAAUUUCCCUCUUAUGCUACCACUCAGUUACAUUCCAUGUUCAAGAGUGCAACUUUUCAUAGUUUCUUGACUUCUUGAUAGUAUAUUCUACUAACUUUUGCCAUUUUACCAUUAUAGCCAGUAACAUUACUCAAUAGAUAUUGAAACACAUUACAUUUAUCAAUUCGAUGUCAUACUCAAUAGAUAUUUAACACUACAGUUUAUCGAUUCAAUGUCAUAAUAGAUAUAGCGUGUCUGGAAGCUUAUUGCAUGUAGUAGCAAAUAAUAGCUGUCUUCAGUAUUUCUGAUCAUUAUGGUGUAAUUGUAGCUUGUAUCCGUGCGGUAAAGGAUAAUUUUAAGCCUCUUAAAUAAUAGAAUUUUGUCGCUCUUGAUGUCAUUUCAGUGGUUCUGAAAUUUCGUUUAGUGCUAAAACACCAAUAUCUGGUCAGUUUCAUUAAUUCUUCAAUUUGAUUAUACAAAUCAAAUGAAUCUGGCAUGUUUUUACAAAUAUGCUCUUGACUUCAAACGGAACUGUCAAAUUGUAUCUUGGUCUUAGAUUAUUAGGUGUGAAGGUGAUCAAUAUCAGUGGAUACAUAUUACAUAGAGAGUAGAGUCUUAGUGUGACCGACUGUCUCUACUUUCUUACUGAAUUUUAAAUGUUCCUGAAUGAAUGAUUUUGUGAAAGGCAUGCGUGCCGUGGAUGUGAGGGCCGGUGGCGUGAGUGUGUCCUCGUUUAGGUAUUUAUUAGUUUGAUAUGCUUAUGUUGUUAGACGUCGGUCGGUGCGGCGCCACCGGCGCGCGAGGCUGCCCCGCGAUCGAGGGCUGAGCUUGAUGAACUGUGAUGUAACAGACGGAGAGAUCUGUACGGCCUUGAUAUUAGGUAGGAUUUGAAAAGAAUUGCAUUUUAGGAUGGAAAACAUGAGGAUACUAGUCAUGUUGAUAUUAAGACAUCAUAAUAUAGAGCGGUAUUUAGGGCUUUCCUGUACGUUAUUUAUUGAUGCGUAAUGAAUCUAGCACUUGCGUAGUCUAGCCGCAACCGUCACCCUAAAGGUACUAGGAUCUCAAUACUAUCACAUUGGUAACUUCAUAUCAUUCUGGUGGCAGUGUUGUUAAGAAAUUUUAUGUUCUGUAAGAAAUCUCCCUUAAACUAAAAUAGGUACGGUCAGCCAAGAAAGUGGUUUACCACCUAUCAACUCUAUUUUUAAACAUAUAAGGUCGAAAAGUGGUAAACCACUUUUUUGGCUGACUGUACAUUGCCAUGAAAAUGAUAUGAGGUUAACACUGUUCAUUACGCUACUGUUUCAUUAUUUAUUGGUGCUUUGAGGUUAGUAUUACAAUUAAUAUUAAAUGUUCGUUUAAAAAUAUUUAUGCACAAACGGAGAUAAACCGGCAUGUGUUAGAACGUUACUGAUAUUAUUACAUUGUUGCUUUUCAAACUUUGGACAAGUAAUUUUGUUUUACCAUUCGUAUAUGUUUGCUGGCAUUAGAUUGAAGAGUUAUCGGCAUUUUAAAAGCUAAGAAGUUUUUUCAUAAACCCAAAAUAAGAUGCGACUUUAUCAUGUAAGUUAAAAUAAAAAUGCCCAUGUCAGUUCAAGUGGUAAUUUAAAAUAAUCAGACCAAAGAUGAUUUCAAAAGUUCUAUUUUCCUAAGACUGUCACUAGUAUUUUUAAGAUCUGAAAUUACUGUAUUUAUUUUUCUGGUGCAUUCAACACAAUUAUUUUCUAUCUAUGUAUGUACCUUCCCUACGAACGUGUAACUUGAAUAAAUAAAGUGUAUUAAA